AUGACGAAUGAUUAUAGAAUGCUUUCAAAAGGUGUUCGCCUCGUCUGCGUCCGAAAUGCGUCUUCUUUGGGAUUUAUCGGUCUCGGAAACAUGGGUGGUCCCAUGGCCAUGAAUCUCCUCAACAAGGCAAAGGGAGAUCUCUGGGUCUACGAUGUCAACGCAGACUCAGUCGACAAAGCCGUCAAGGCCGGCGCCAAAGCGGCAUCGGCUCCAGCUGAAAUUGCGGAAAAUUGCGACAGAAUUGUCACCAUGCUUCCCAACUCUCCUCACGUUAUGUCCACUUUUGGUGGGGAGCAAGGCUUGCUCUCCACAGCCAAAGCUGGCACUCUCUUUCUCGAUUGUUCGACCAUUGACCCCGCCGCCGCACAGACAGUCGCCAAAAUGUGUCUUGAGAAGGAAACAGUCUUCAUGGAUGCACCUGUCUCUGGUGGUGUCGGAGCUGCUGCUGCUGGCACUUUGACCUUCAUGGUUGGAGGACCCGCCGCCGAGUUUGAAGCUGGACAGUCCAUCUUGCAGCACAUGGGGGCAAAAAUCGUCGCGUGUGGAGAUGUUGGAACUGGCCAGGCUGCAAAAAUUUGCAACAAUAUGAUGCUUGGAAUCUCGAUGGUCGGCGUUUCCGAAACUUACAAUCUUGGCAAGCGACUCGGCCUUGAUCCCAAGAUUCUCGCAUCUAUCGUCAACGCCGCUUCUGGACGAUGCUGGGCGUCGGACACUUACAAUCCCGUCCCAGGCGUUAUUGAAGGCGUCCCUAGCUCAAAUGGAUACGCCGGUGGUUUUGGUACUACUCUUAUGGCCAAGGAUCUUGGCCUCGCUCAAGACGCUGCCACAAACACCCAAUCACCAAUCCCACUUGGAUCCCUUGCUCACCAAAUCUACCGAGUCAUGUCCUCUGAUCCUCGCUUCGCCGACAAGGACUUUUCUUCUGUCUACGCCCUUCUUUCCGAAGAAAAGCUUCUCUAA